CCUCUGUCUGUUCCAACGCUUCAACUGCCAAAGUCCCUGUACUUCUCCGACGCAACAACCACAAGAAAUAGCAGCAGGCAGGGGAUCUCACAAAAUGAACGAACUGAACACGUAAGAAUGUAACCUUGAACAGAGAAAGACGAGAGGAAAGGUAAGGCGACACAGCAACAUACAGAGAAUCGCAACUUACUUCAUGCAUUCCACAGAUGAUGUAUCGUGUGUGAGUUGUUUCUCGGUUCGGGGAAGUCGAAGACGAAGAAAACAGAAGAAUUGUCAGAAUCGUAGUCUUUGUGAUCGUGACAUGACCUGUUCGUCUUCAGUUAUUAGUUUCAAUCAAAUCAAAUAUUACAUUUUAAGUGUUUGAAAUGUGAAAUUAAACUGUUUCGCAGGAUUCAAAAGUGCAAGAACACUAAUUCUAACAUAACGUGUGGAUAAUAAUAUCUAUAUUUCAACACAGUGAUAUCGGAUUGUCCAUGUUUAUCGCUAGGCGGAUGCACAGAUUCGCCAUUUCACCAAUAGAUCACUUCCCCAAGUGACCACCACUGCAUCGCCUGGCCGAGGAAAGUCGGUCAAGCCGAAUGGUUCGAAUACCAGAAGAUAACACAACAGACAGCAGCAGGGUAGACUCUGCACGGAGGAGACGAGAUAGAAUGAGGUGAUAAAACGUGUUAGAAAGUUUGCCAUUACAGAAAAGAGAUUUUCAGUUCUACUCAUACUAAAUCCGUAGUGAAAAAUCUAAACGAUAAUUAUCAAGACACGGUGUCCUUGGGCAGCAGCAAGUACUGGAGUAUACAAUUAAAAAUAUAUUGCAGCAUUCCUACAAGACGGCGCCGCAAAACGGACCGAAAACUUUUCGCACAAGUGUUUGUUUUCCAGUGUGAUAUUGAACGUGUUAAAAUAUACUUUAUGCAUGUGGCAGGCGAUAUUGGAUAUACAAACAUCGAGUUGGGUGAGGUGUGAUGUGAUUAUACACCUGACAGUCGUGUGCACACACCAACAACUAAAUAACAGAGCCAGCGGUGUUUUUUCAACAUUCAAUCCGUUCGCAGUAACAUUAAUGACAAGUACGGAGUACAAACGUGUGAAGUGUUUGAGCAGGAUACGGGAUUCUGAUGAGGCUGCAUUCUAUAAAUAGUGACUUAGCAUUAAAACAUGACGUGUUAUGAAUGAAUGAAAUGUAACUCGUAACACAUCAUCUACACACAUCAACUCUAAAUCAUGCACAUAAAUUUUUAACAAAACAAUCCUGUAAUUUAAAAUAUCAAAUUAAUCACAUUCAAACAUUUGCAGGAAAUUUCUAGUUCGAAGACUUCUAACGCGGGGUACUGACAUUUUCACACGUUAAUACUGAGGAGACACGAAAAUAUAAUAGGGAAGUGGCUGGCAAUCUUGUAAGGGUUUAAAACCACUUUUACCCUUUAUAAUUCUCACCGCCUUGUUCACUGCUUCCCCCACUUACACAAUUACACCAUUACCGUAAUCACGAGAACGUAAGGGCAACAAAAGGACCAUAAAAGUAAUAUUUCCCAACCCCUUCAAAACGAUUGGCUAAUAAAACGAUGGACGACCAAACAGCGUUAAUUCUAGCACUGCAGCUCAUCGCGUUAUGCUGCAUUGCAACUGCUCUUCUCAUGUAUCUCCUCUGUAGGAUUCGAAACCGUUAUACUGUGGGCACCGGUCAUGAUCAAGAUGACCCAGAAGUGACCCUCGAUGUCGGCAUGGGACGCGCUGUCCUUAUCACAUCUUGUGACACAGCAUUCGGGCUUCAGUGUGCGCUCCAUCUCAGUAACCUCGGGUUCAGAGUGUUUGCGGGCCUGAAGAACCCCGAAGCAACAUACAGAGAUGAUGAAGGGGCUGUCACCGAGAACGGGUCAGUGGCUGCGAGGAUUCUGAGGGCCAAACUCAAGGAACGGGAGAUGAUGGCAGCGCAGUCCGGGGGCGCCGUAGGGACGCUGAUUACUCUACCACUGGACGUGACGAGGGAAGACUUGCUGCACGAGGCAGUUGUGCUGAUAAGAAGAUAUCUACCGGCUGGCGAGGAUGGUUUAUGGGCCGUACUGAACACAGCGGGCCUAUGUUGCAAAGGACGCCUCGAGAACCAAGAAAAUUGCCACUGGGACGCGAUGCUGAAGUACAAUGUAAUAGGGGCACUGAGGACUGCACGAACGUUCAUACCUCUUCUCAAGAACAAGAGGGGGCGGCUAAUCAACAUGGGAGCAAACAUUAAUCGCUCCAACAGUCCAGGAAGUGGAUUGGUUGCCUACACAGCAGCACGGUAUGCAGUGGAAGGAGCAAGUAUGGCUUUAUGUCAUGAGAUGGCACCACACGGAAUUCAUGUUAUUACCCUACAGCCGAAUGGCGUAGCAACAGAGAAAGUAUUUGCAGCACCAAGACUUUAUGAGCCUGAAAAACCAGAGGGUCAUACUACUUUGGAGAUUCAACAGCCAGCAAACAAAUAUCUGAACUAUAAUCCGUCAGUUUUACCUCCACAAGCACUGAGAAUACUUGAAGAGGCUUUGCUCUCUAAAUCACCAAAACAAAACUAUCAACUUCUGCCACAGAGCAGAUUUAAUUAUUUGAAUCAUAGCAUUGCAGUUAUGAAGAACAGAAUUAUUGCACAAAUAAAACCUUCACAGCUACCAUAAAACAUGUAAAAGGCAGGAACUAAAUACAUGAACUUACUGCAAGAUCAAUCUACCAGAUAAUGAAUUCUUGUCACAUACCUAUGUUCUGUGUUCUGGAUCCUCCACUGGCGUCAAAGUUCAUAAUUUUCUUACAACUGAUAAUAUUCCCACUUCAAGCUAUCUUUUUGUUACUCAAAAUAAUAAUAAAUUUACCUAACCUCCAUACAAGGUUAGAAUGUAUGUGAUAUAUUAAAUUGUAUUAACCCAACAAACUUGAAAGAAAUAAAGUAUUUAAAAGAAA